UGGACAUGGCAGCUGCGUAAUGAAGGAAGAACAAGUGAACCCCUUGGAUAUUGAGACUAAUGAUGAAGAUGAUAUUACAAAAGAUUUUGAUCAUCAUUCAACUGAACGCCGUCGUCGUAAACGAGAGACCCAAAUAGAACCAAAGAAUGAACGAAUAGAUGGAAAAUCAACAAAAGUUGCUUAUUUGGAUUGUGAAGAAGGUACAGCAAAGUGUUUCACAUUUGUCUGUGAGUUAAAGAAUCUUGAGCCAAAGUCAUCGUCCGUGAUAAGGAUUCGUUCUCGUCUAUGGAACAGCUCUUUAGUGGAG